AUGAAAAGGUAUUCAAUCUCGAGCUCUUACUUCGAGAUUCAAGCUUAUGAAGCAAAUGCAAGCGCUCUUCUCUCUGGUUUUCAACUUACAGUGCAGGAGCCAUUCAAGCGAAGCAUGCUAGCUCGAUCCGGCUAUGGCUGUGGCAGCUGGCAGACUCCAGCUUCUGAAGAGUGCUCAGAGGCUGUGAACAGCGAACUGUCUUCUGCUCAAGAGCUGGCAAGCCUCAAGUCCCCCAGAGCUGUGCAGAAUGCACUGGAUUUUAGACUUGAAAGCUAUAUCUCCAAACUCGAGCGAUCACUUCUUGCCAAUAUCGACAAGAGUAUGAAGGAUCGCUUACAAAUAGCGACAUUCUGA